GUUCAGUCGCAUAUACACGCACAUAUAUACACCGUUUCGACCCAGCGAGAUACCAAACCAAGGCCUUGAAAACACUUCUAAACACUUUCUCUUCGUGAGAGGAAGCCAGAGGAUCAUUGAAAACGAUCGUGAAGCAAAUAAGAAAACGCUCGCCGGAGUUCGCCGGGCUAAGCUUCAUGACGGGAAUCGGAGGAGGGAGAGCCGCCGUCGCCUGUUAGCCACUGUCGACCAUCUUCGUCGCCUAACACCGCCACUGUCCCAUUUGUCCGUCGUCAACAAGAUGAUGUGGUUUAUGAAGAUUGAUGCCUUGAGAGCGCUCCUAGAAGACUUUUAGAGUAGUCACAUCUAGAAUAAACAUUGUUAGAUUUCAUUAUUUCAAAUGUUGAAUUGAAUAUUUCUUUAGAUACAUUUUUGGUGGAUAGCCUUAGCACCCAGUCGGUUUAGGGCUGGGUGUGGCGGUAACACGCCCCUUUUCCUUGCUAUUGUUUAAUUCCGCUGCAAACAAUUGAAAGUUUUGAAUAAUUAAUAAAAUUUAUUAUUU